AUGCAGCCCAUCAACAUGAGCAACAAUCCCCGUUACUCCAUCAGAGACGACAAGCCAGGUUCACUUCAAAUUAAAUCCAGCGAAGAAAAAGAUCACGGAAAAUACGAAUGCGUAGCCGAAAACUCCAUAGGCACAGACUAUUCAAAGUUUGCUAUACUUUACGUUAAAGUGCGCCGCGUAUCGCCGUCGUUCUCCAUCCCGCCGCCGCCAAUCAGCGAAGUUAAAUUAGGCGCCGACCUUAAUUUGACAUGCGUAGCUGUAGGAUCUCCGAUGCCCUUUGUCAAAUGGAGAAAAGGCCCCUCGGAAGAACUUACCCCGGAAGAUAAAUUACCGAUUGGUAAAAACACCUUAGAACUGAAGAAGAUCGAGGCUUCGGAUAAUUAUACUUGCAUUGCUGCCAGCGCUCUGGGGAUUGUUGAAGCUGUUGCUCAUGUUAAAGUACAAUCAUUACCGGGACCACCGACAAACGUACGAGUAUCAGAAAUCACUGCGACUUCAGUGAGACUGACCUGGUCUUACACUGGACCAGAAGACUUGCAAUACUACGUCAUCCAGUUCAAACCGAAAUACGCCAAUCAGGCUUUCAGCGAAAUCAGCGGCAUCAUCACCAUGUACUAUUCCGUAAGAAAUUUGAGUCCUUACACCGAAUAUGAAAUGUUCGUGAUUGCGGUUAAUAACAUUGGACGAGGGCCCCCUAGCACUCCUGCAGUAGUAACCACAGGAGAAACAGGCAACAUUUCUUUUGGAGGUGCCAAAUCUGGAACUGCUCCUCGAAACAUCCAAGUGCGGCCUCUCAGCUCGAGCACCAUUGUUAUUCAGUGGGACGAACCGGAAACCCCGAACGGACAAGUAACGGGCUACAAAGUCUACUACAGCACCGAUUCCCAGCUGCUGAUGGCCCAAUGGGAAUCGCAAGUGGUCGACAACAACCAGCUGACCACGAUUAGCGAGCUGACACCUCACACCAUCUACACGAUUCGCGUGCAGGCUUUUACUUCCGUCGGUCCCGGACCUCUUAGUGCUCCGGUGCACGUCAAAACUCAACAAGGUGUUCCUAGUCAACCGGGUAGCCUGCGCGCUUCUGACAUUGGCGAAAGUAUGGUGACACUCCAAUGGAGUAAACCCACGCACUCCAGCGAGAGUAUCAUGAGCUACGAGCUUUACUGGAAUGACACCUACGCCAAAGAACAACACCAUCGUAGAAUACCCAUCUCCGAGUCCUACAUAUUGACUGGACUGUAUCCGAACACGUUGUAUUAUGUAUGGCUGGCUGCGAGGUCUCAGAGGGGCGAGGGAGCCACUACGCCCCCUAUACCCAUCCGAACUAAGCAGUAUGUACCGGGCGCACCGCCGGGGGAUGUACAAGGGAAAGCGGUAAGUCCGACGACCAUCAGAGUGCGGUGGGAUCCGCCGCCAGCCGAUCGGAGCAACGGCAACAUAAUUUACUACAAGCUGCAUUUCGUUGAGGCCGAUCGUUCCGAUGGCGAGGCGACGAUUAACAAAAUGAACGCCACUGAGUUCGAGCUAGACGAGCUGAAACGCUGGACGACUUAUCGUAUCUGGGUGCUGGCUGGGACGUUGGUGGGUGAUGGGUCCGCCUCCUACUCGAUCACCAUCCAAACGCUAGAAGAUGUGCCCGGCGAUCCGCAGGACGUCAAAGUGACGCCCAUCAAUUCGACCAGCAUAAAAGUGAACUGGAAACCACCACAAAUCGGGAACCGCAAUGGUAUCAUUUUAGGGUAUCACGUGCACGUGCAGGAAGUUAAAGACGAGAGUGGAAGUUUCCUUAACGAGCCGAUGCGCUUCAACGUCCUUGGUGACCAAACGUUAGAACUGAACAUUACCAGUCUUCAACCAGAUACCACCUAUAAUGUUCAAGUGGCCGCUUUAACCAGAAAGGGAGAUGGUGAUCGAAGUAGUCCUGUCAACGUCAAAACGCCAGGAGGUGUUCCCACUCGACCUGCACUAACCUUAAAAAUAAUCGAAAGAGAUCCAGUAGUGACCAUCGAGCUGGAAUGGUCUAAACCUUCGCAAACUUACGGUGAACUGAAAGGAUAUCGCUUGAGAUACGGAGCUAAAGAUCAGCUGCUCAAAGAUGUUCAUUUGAAAGAUACUAGCUACCGGAUGAACGAUUUGGAACGUGGUGUAGAAUACGAAUUUCGAGUCGCAGGCCUUAACCACAUCGGUUCAGGCCAGGAAUCCAUCAAAUACUUACGCACCCCGGAAGGUCCUCCCACAGGACCGCCCACAAAUAUUACCUAUCGCUUCCAAACUCCCGACGUGGUGUGCGUGACAUGGGACCCACCUACCAGAGAGCACUGUAACGGUCAAAUAGUCAAGUACGACAUUGAAUUUCACAAAAAAUCGGAUCACAGCAACGUAAUUUCCCGUAACGUAACAAAAACCAAGGCGGUGUUUACCAAUUUAGAAGAAAACACCGAAUACGUGUUCCAUGUUAGGGCCUAUACCAAUCAGGGAUUCGGACCGAACAGCGAAAAGCAAACCAUACAAACCGAGAAGGAUAUAGCUAGAGCACCAAUGGCAGUUAAAGCUAUGGCUACCUCAGAAUCUAGCGUUGAGGUGUGGUGGGAGCCGGUGCCUUCUCGAAACAAAGUGAUCGGCUAUCAAAUAUUUUACACCAUGACAGCUAUCGAGGACUUAGACGCGUGGCAACAAAAAACCGUGGGCCUCACCAACUCGGCCGAUUUAGUCAAUUUAGAAAAGUAUGCCCAAUACGCCAUUGCUGUGGCAGUCAGAACACAAAGCGGCUUGGGAAGACUAUCAGAAAAAGACACAGUCAAAGUAAAACCGGAAGAUGUGCCCCUCAACCUGCGAGCCCAUGAAGUUACUACACAUUCCAUGACUUUAUCCUGGUCGCCACCAAUCAGACUAAACCCUAUCAAGUAUAAAAUUUCGAUUGACGGCAUCAAAGAGUUUGUAGACUCACAAGGCAUUACUCAAACCCAAAACAUACCAAGAGUCGAGAAAUUUGUUAUUGACGAAGUUAAAUCGCACACGAUAAACGAACUGAGUCCUUUUACCACUUACAAUGUUAAUGUGAGCGCCAUACCUAGCGACCAUUCGUAUCGUCCUCCAACCAAAAUCACUGUAACAACGCAAAUGGCUGCUCCACAGCCAAUGGUGAAGCCAGAUUUCUAUGGCGUGGUCAAUGCGGAGAUUCAUGUAAUCUUACCUCAAGCAUCCGAGGAAUAUGGUCCUAUUAGCCACUAUUAUUUAGUGGUUGUGCCAGAAGAUAAGUCAACCAAACAGAAAAAUCCGGAUCAGUUUUUGAACGAUGAUCUUUUGGAUAACAUUAGAAGGGUAUCUGAAGAUCCGACACUUCCCUACAUAGCUGCCAAAUUCCCACAGAGGAGUAUUCCUUACACCUUUCAUUUGGGCACCGGCGAGGAAAUGGAAGGGUUGGCGAAUUUUAAGUUGAAGCAUGGCAAGAGAUACAGGAUUUUCGUUAGAGCGGUGGUGGAUACGCCUCAGAAACAUCUCUACACCAGCAGUCCAUUUUCCGAAUUUCUCUCCUUGGAUAUGCGUCCACCUCCACCCGGAGAGCCUCCAAUUAGGCCCAACCCCAACGCUCCCACCGAUAACGACGUGAAAGUGAGCUCGCAAAGGAAAGAAGCCACCCAUAUUUGGGUUAUUGGUCCAGUGAUAUCCGCAAUUGUCUUGAGCUUCAUCAUGGUAAUUUUGUUUAAACUGCGUCGUAGCAGACAACCGUGCAAAGCUUCCGAUCAGGCUGCUGUCACCAAGCCCCUUAUUCCUGCCGACUUGAACGGCAGCAUAGCUCCUAGUGACCCUGUGGAACAGAGACGUUUAUACUUCCAAACACCCGCCAUGAUGUCACACCCUCCUAUUCCUGUGUCGGAACUUGCCAAUCACAUCGAACGACUGAAAGCCAACGACAAUCUGAAGUUUUCGCAGGAGUACGAGAGUAUCGAGCCUGGUCAAACCUUUACGUGGGAGUUUUCCAAUAUGGACGUCAAUAAGCCAAAGAAUAGAUACGCUAACGUUAUUUCUUAUGAUCAUAGUCGCGUGAUACUGCCCACUGAAGAUGGCCGAAGAGGCUCCGAUUACAUUAAUGCCAACUACUGUGACGGCUACAGAAAGCACAACGCCUACGUUGCAACGCAAGGGCCGUUGCCGGAAACGUUUGCCGAUUUUUGGAGGAUGUGCUGGGAAUUGAAAUCGGCCACGGUGGUGAUGAUGACCAAGCUCGAGGAACGCACCAGGAUAAAGUGCGAUCAGUACUGGCCGACGAGAGGCACCGAAGUCUACGGCUCGAUGUGUGUGACCAUAUCGGAUGUACAGGUGCUUGCCACCUAUUGUAUACGAACCUUUCAAAUCCAGAAAGAAGGAUACUCAAAUACUAGGGAGGUGAAACAGUUGCAGUUCACCGCUUGGCCUGACCAUGGAGUUCCAGAGCAUCCUGCUCCGUUCAUGCAAUUUUUGAGGCGGGUGCGCAGUUUGAAUCCGAUGGAAGCCGGACCGAUUUUGGUGCACUGCUCCGCGGGCGUGGGAAGGACAGGCUGUUUUAUCGUCAUCGACUCUAUGCUGGAACGAAUGAAGCAUGACAAGACUGUGGAUAUUUACGGGCAUGUUACUUGUCUUCGGGCCCAGAGAAAUUAUAUGGUACAAACCGAGGACCAGUACAUUUUUAUCCACGAUUCGCUUUUAGAGGCUUACAUUUGCGGCGCGACCGAGGUACCGACCCGAAAUCUGUACCUUCACAUUCAGAAACUGAUGGAGCUGCAACUGGGCCAAAAUAUGACCGGCAUGGAAUUGGAAUUGAAAAAGCUAGGAAACAUUAAGACUGAUUCUUCUCGUUUCGUUUCUGCAAACUUACCUUGUAAUAAGCACAAAAAUAGAUUAGUACAUAUCUUACCUUAUGAAAGCACGCGGGUUUGUUUGCAACCUAUAAGAAAUAUCGAUGGUUCUGAUUAUAUAAACGGUAGCUUUCUUGAUGGAUAUCGGUACCACAAAGCGUACAUUGCCACACAGGGACCAUUACCCGACACCACUGACGAUCUGUGGCGUAUGCUUUGGGAACACAAUUCUACUAUCAUCGUAAUGUUGACUGAACUUAAGGAAAUGGGAAGAGAAAAGUGUCAUCAAUAUUGGCCGAGCGACCGAUCGGUCCGUUAUGGAUGCUACGUCGUAGACCCGAUAGCCGAAUACAAUAUGCCGCAGUAUAUUUUGCGAGAAGUUAAAGUUACGGACACGCGAGAUGGAUCGUCGAGGACGAUGCGACAGUUUCAGUUCACGAAUUGGCGGGAACAGGGGGUGCCCAAGUCUGGGGAAGGUUUCAUCGAUUUUAUCGGACAGGUGCACAAGACCAAGGAACAGUUCGGACAAGAAGGACCGAUAACUGUGCAUUGCAGUGCUGGUGUUGGAAGAACGGGCGUGUUUAUAGCAUUGAGUAUAGUUUUGGAAAGGAUUCAAUACGAAGGUGUGGUUGACGUGUUCCAAACUGCCAGAAUUUUAAGAACUCAAAGACCUGCUAUGAUACAAUCAGAGGAUCAGUAUCAGUUUUGUUAUCGAGCAGCACUCGAAUAUCUGGGAUCGUUCGAUCAUUACAGAAACUAA